GCACCUACUUUCUGGAACCUGCGGGCUGCCGGCCUUCGCUGCCGAGCUUCCUCCCCUCCUCCCACCGCCGCCGCCGCCAUGCCCGGAGGGCUCCUGCUCGGGGACGAGGCGCCCAACUUCGAGGCCAAUACUACCGUCGGCCGCAUCCGUUUCCACGACUAUCUGGGGAGCUCAUGGGGCAUCCUCUUCUCCCACCCUCGGGACUUUACUCCAGUAUGUACCACAGAGCUUGGCAGGGCUGUCAAGCUGGCACCAGAAUUUGCCAAGAGGAAUGUGAAGCUGAUCGCACUUUCAAUAGACAGUGUUGAAGACCAUCUUGCCUGGAGCAAGGAUAUUAAUGCUUACAAUGGUGAUGAACCCACAGAAAAGUUACCUUUUCCCAUCAUUGAUGAUAAGAAUCGGGAACUUGCCAUUCUGUUGGGCAUGCUGGACCCUGCAGAAAAAGACGAAAAAGGCAUGCCUGUGACAGCUCGUGUGGUGUUUGUUUUUGGUCCUGAUAAGAAACUGAAGCUGUCAAUCCUCUACCCAGCUACCACUGGCAGGAACUUUGAUGAGCUUCUCAGAGUAGUUAUCUCUCUCCAGCUGACAGCAGAAAAGAGGGUUGCCACCCCUGUUGAUUGGAAGAAUGGAGAUAGUGUCAUGGUCCUUCCAACGAUCCCUGAAGAGGAGGCCAAAAAGCUUUUCCCUAAAGGAGUCUUCACCAAAGAGCUCCCAUCUGGCAAGAAAUACCUCCGCUACACUCCCCAGCCCUAGGUUUCUCCGAGCUGCUGGAGCUGCUGGAGCUGCUCGCUUCGUACCGUGAGCCAGAGGAUGCCAGCUGCCAAUCAUGUUGGCCUGCGACAAUUCCAUAAAAAUGUCCUGGUGUGAUCACAUCCACAGCCUUUAGAUUGCUCUAGGCUUAUUAAAUGAAUAUGGCACU